AUGGUUGACAAAAGUACCCAAAAAUCUGAAGUAGAUAGUAACAACAUUGAUGAACAACAACGCCCGAGGCUGACUUCUACAAAGAAAUGUGAAUGUCCAUUCUUAUUAAAAGCCUUUAAUAUUGGUAGGGAUGAGUGGGUACUUGAGGUUGCUUGUGGAAUCCACAAUCAUGUUGCCCCAUCACAUCUAGAAGGUCAUUCCUAUGCAGGGCGACUAUCUAAAGAAGAACAUGAGUUGUUGGUGGAUAUGUCUAAGCGUUUAAUGAGACCCAAGGAUAUAUUGACUUCCAUAAAGAGCCGAGAUCCAAGUAAUACAUCAACGAUGAGAACUAUAUACAAUGCUAGGUAUUUUGCUCGGAUUAUCGCUAGAGCAGGCAGAACUCAAAUGCAACAAUUACUAAAGAAUUUGCGCGAUCAUCAUUAUAUUGAGCAUCAUAGAAGCGAAGAUCACGUGAUCAUUGAUUUGUUUUGGUGUCAUCCAUUCAGUCUUCAAAUGCUACGUACAUUCCCACAUGUUCUUAUCAUGGAUUGCACCUAUAAGACAAACAGGUAUCGUUUUCCACUUUUUGAGAUUGUGGGUAUUACAUGCACUGAGCAAACUUUCAACGUUGCGUUUGUUUACAUGUCAAAGGAGGCAGAAGAUAAUUACAGAUGGGCACUGAGUAGGUUAAGAACACUUAUGGAUGAGAAUUCUAUGCCUGGGGUAAUUGUCACUGAUCGAGAAUUAGCACUUAUGAAAGCCACUGAAAAUGUCUUUCCCGAUACUCAUCAGAUUUUAUGUAAGUGGCACAUUGGUAAGAAUGUGAUGAGAAAAUGCAAAGGAAAAUUCACAACAAAAGAAGGGUGGGAAGCAUUUAAUAAUGAUUGGCAUAGCUUGGUGGAUUGUAGCACUGAGGACGAGUAUGUACAUAGCCUUACAGCUUUUGAAUCAAAAUACUUUGCAUUUCCUGAGGAGAUAAAUUAUUUGAAGACCAAUUGGUUGAACAAGUAUAAGGAAAUGUUCAUUGAAGCAUGGACAAACAACUACAUGCAUCUUGGUGCAAAGACUUCGAAUCGGGCCGAGAGUGCACAUGCAAAGCUCAAGCGAGAACUUAGAUCUUCCCAACUUGACUUCAAUGUAUCAUGGGAGCACAUCCACUCAUUAUUGUGUUUACAUCAUACUGAAGUUAAGGCUUCAUUUGAAAAAAGUCGAUGUUUUGUGCAACAUGAGUUUAAGCAUGCAUACUUGAGAGAGUUGAUAGGAUUUGUGUCCAUUGCGGCAUUGAACAAGAUCGUCUAUGAAGCGAACAAGGCUGAUGAUAUUACAUUGGAACUUGCAUCAUGUAAUUGUGCCAUACGUAAAACACAUGGGUUACCAUGUGCGCAUGAGAUAGCUGAAUAUAAGCAUUGUGACAGUCCCAUACCAAUUACAUCUGUGCAUCACCACUGGAGAAAGUUAGAGAUCGGGGCAAUAGUGGAAGACUCGAAAGUGCACGAAAAGGUUCCUUUAAAAGAACAAUUAGAACGAUUGGCAGAAUGGGCUAAAGAACAAAAUGAGGAUACAAGACGUCAAAUCUUAGUGAAGAUUGAUGAGCUGAUAAAUCCGACCUCUACUUUACUUAGGGAGCCAGCUGAAAAGAGAAAGACCAAAGGGCGACCAAGUAAGGAAGACAGUGGCACUCGUCGUUCGCCAUCCGGGUUUGAAAUUAUAAAUACAUUGUUGUCUGAGCGUGAGACCCAUUCGCCUCUUCCAAGUGUUCAAAAAGUCUCACGAAGUCAAAUACGAAGACAAGUAAUGACCACUCAGAGAAAAGUAAGGAAGAUAAGCUGGCUCAGAAGGAUAUGA